CCCGCUUGAGCUAUCGCUCUGUCCAUUCCUUCUAUAUUACUGCCAUUCGCCGCCCUUUCCAACCCAAGUGGUUAUAUCCUUGACGCCUACAACAUGGUGGCCCAGACGGCGUCGAUACUGACGGCGUUGCUGUCGCUCGGCGGUCUCGAGCUGGUUGCAGCUCGGAACGCGGCCGAGGAGCCAACGCUGAAGCCCCGUUUCAUGCCGAAACACAUGAAAAGAUUGAUCAACUACCAAACCUCUGCAGCCCCCGGAGCAUCGUCCAAGGCGCCCGAGACCGUCGAAGUGCCCAGGUCCAACACCAACGUGCUCGAUUCGAUUCUGCAGCCGCCCCAAGAAGCCACCACAGCGCCGACGGAAACGCCUGAGGUCGUUGUUAUCACCUUGUCCGUCGAUGCGGCGGGCAAUACGCAUACCUUGACGGGAACGCCUGCGGGAACCGCCUCGACCUCGACCGUGACGAGCUCCGUGUUGACCUCGGAGCCCGCCGCGGCCAGCGCCACAGCAACUACCACCGGCUCGACCGCUUCCCAGGCAGCCUCGGACCCGGAGACGACCCCAUCAUCUUCCACAGGAGUGGAAUCGCCAAAGCCCACGGACGCCUCCACGUCGUCGGAGGAGAGCUCCACAGCGUCGUCUGCGAAUGUCGUCGGAUCGUCGCAGGAACCCGGUACAUCGACCACGGCCGUCACUCCGUCCGCGACAGCCACGAAGACCGGGAACGUGCUGAGUGAUCUGGUGAGUGGCCUGUUCGGCAGCUCAUCCAGCUCUGAGAGUGCCAGCUCUGCCCAGCCUACUGAUGUCACAAGCGGAUCGGUCCCUGUGAUCCCGUCGAACUCAGCAACGGGUGCCAGCACCACCGAGGGCACCUCAACAGUGGUGUCGCCCUCGCAGACCGGUGUGACGAGUUCGACCGAGCAGCCAUCGUCCACCCCCGGAUUGGUCAAUUCACUACUGUCAGGCCUUCUCUCCGGCUCGAGCACGUCCAGUGCCUCGGAGUCGUCUGCGAACCAGACGACUUCCAGCGAGGUAAUUCCAACCGUCUCGGCAGGCUCCUCAGUGACAGGGUCCUCCGGCCAGCCUACAUCCAUCGAUGUCAUUCCCACUCAGUCGGCGACUUCGUCCGUCGUCUCCCCCUCGGCCGCCACUUCCGCCACGGGCAAAUCGACGGAGUCUACCAGCCAGAUUACGUCUAUCGAUGUGAUUCCGACUCCAUCCGCUCUGUUGUCCUCCCUUCUGUCCCCUUCCGCCGCCUCAUCCUCGGGAUUGUUGGACACUGUGCUUCCGUCGGGCAUUCUUUCGACGUUCAGUGGCAACGGUUCGGAAACAUCGACCGCGCAGGCUGGAUCUAGCACCGCCAAUGGAAGCUCCACCGACCUAACAAGCUCUUCGGGUAUUCUGCCAACCAUCUCCAUCAGUAUCCCACCGGCCACGCCGACACCCUCCGCCGGCAUCUCCUCCGGAGUCACCCCAGGAGCUUCCGGAUCGAGUGGCUCAACCACAUCCAGCCCGGUCAUCCCCGGAGCGUCCACCGGCACUCAGACUUUCACCCAUGGACCGUCCGGCUCGAUCAUCAGCCCGGGUGUUCCUACAUCGACCAGUGGUGUCAUUCCCUCGACCGGUUCGACCGGCUCCAGUGGCUCGUCCCUGCCCUCGUCGGUCUCGUCGACUCCUCUCAUCGGCACCUCGAAGCCCACCGACGUGCCUUCGAGCCAAAGCACCCCGAUUUCGACCAACACACCAACUCCCGUUCCCUCCACCACCCUGACCCCGACGAGCACGGAACAGCCCAGCACCACGGAGCAGUCGACGGUGACGACCCAGGUCACCCCGACCGCGGCGCCCACCACGACGAGCGACGCCAAUGACUGGGUCCCGUCGACGAUUCUGGUGGAGCCUCCGAGCCCGACGACACAAAACACGGCCCCUCACACUACGGCGACGACAACGUCCACUCAGACCCAGCUCCCUGGGUCUAUCUCGCCCGGCAACGUUCCCGUCGAGCCCCCAGCGGACUCGACCCUGAUUCAGUUGGGAUUCAAUGGCAAGCUUCGCUACAGCUUUGUGGCCACGACGCCGCUGUCUUCCUCGCAGAUCUUCCUUUACAUUCCGAUCGCUUUGGAGUACGCGCUGGAGAUCCUCCGAAAGGAGGUGUCCAUGUUGGCGAUCCAGCCCUACGACAACUCGAAGAGCACGGGCUAUAUCGCCACCGUCGCCAUGGCGUACAUUCCCACCGACCAGGUGGAUGGGCUGCGGAAGAUGCUGAACAACCCUAACUCGCGGCUUUACCAGCAGGCCGAUGGGUCUGCCAAGGCUCUGAUGUCGAUGAUUGAUCCCUCCAUUCCUCUCGUGGUGGGCGAGUCCGGAUCCUCCUCAGGUAGCAGUGGAUCGUCCGGCUCGAGUGGGUCCAACGGCAACACUGGCGGCAACAACAGCAACAACGAGUCGGACCCUAACUCGGAUGCCGGUGCUAGCAGCAGCGGAUCGACUCAUGCCAGCUCGGUCGGCAUUGGCGUUGGUGUCGUGGCGGGAGCCGCCGCCUACGGUGCGGGCAUGUUCUGGGUGGCUCGUCGCUACCGCAAGAAGCGUCAAUUGCACCAGCGGUCGAGCUCGAACGUCGAGCAGAUGAGCGAGGGCCGUAACGGUGCGUCUUUGUUCGCAGCGGGUGGCCGUAUGUCGCGCAACAGCAACAACAGCCGCGGCACCGGGCGUACGCAGAUGAUCAGUGCCCCUGUGAUGGCCGAGAACUCCCUCGGAUGGAAUUAAAAGAAAAAUGAGAUGUACAUGAUGAGGUCCUCUUUGGGACGAGGAUAGCAAACAAAAGCACAAAACACAAAAAAAAAAAUAAAUCACAAUUAGACUGGGGGGAAUCCGAAUCGAAUCACUCGAUUCUGUGUGGCCCUUGUGGAAGCUUUGGCCAUUCAUCUUCUGACUGUAUUCAAGUUUUGGAUAUCAUGUGUCCUUCUAUGUUAUUC